AGGUUUCCCGUAACCACAGUAGUAGCACUGGGUACGCAAAUCGGAGUCGUCGUGAACGAGUAGAAUUUUGCAGCCAAAUGCGAAACUGACUCGAAAAUAAGACACUUGCCAUUUGAAUCAAUAAUUGAUAUUAGUUUUUGACAUUAGUGCACCAAUACUAGGAUUUAAUCAAAAUGAUGGACAACAAUCCGAAAAUAACAAUUACUGCUGUGAUAUUGAUGGGUCUCUAUUUUACUUUAACUGAUGCUUUUCCAAACAAGCCCACCGCUCCUCAUCAACUUUGCGAGAAAUCUAUGGAAGACCAGAAUCUUCCCGACCCUUCUGAUUGUACCAGAUAUUUCCGUUGCGUCUACGGCAGAAAAGUUCCAAAAAUCUGUCCGGAAAAAAUGCUUUUCAAUCUUAAAAUAGGAAAUUGUGACUUGCACUACAAUGUGGAAUGUACUCCGAAAAACUACCAUGAAGUUGUCGGAGACCAACGAGCCAUUGAGACUUUGACCGGAAACAGUCUUUUCAAAACCAGUGAAGCUAAUGACGUUUCUGAAGAAAGCAGCAAUUCGGAAAACAUCAAUAGGCCAUCUGAAACAUCUACCACCAAAUUUGUUUACAUGCCACACGAAACAGUGGAAAGGGCCUAUUAUAAAGUGGAAAAUGGUGCAAAGUUUAUGAUGUACUGUGAAGAAAAUAUGAGUUUCAAUUUUGAAUUGGAAAUUUGCGCCAGGCCGUCAAAUCUGAGAUAAUUUGAACUAGUUUCAAAUACCCAACGACUUUUUGCAUACAGGAUAUCGAGGGAAUGGAAUCUCUUGAAAUCGCCUUGGAUGGUGGAGCUCGAAAGGGCGGAAGUUGGUUUUUAUAAGACCUGAUAAAUUUGUUAUUUUUGUUUAUUAUCCUCGACAAAUAAAGUUUUUGAUGAAUAUUGUU